GUACCUUUAGUUCAGUUUCAUGUUGUAUACGGAUUGAGAAUGACAUUUUCACCUGUGUCGGAUACUAACAUCCACUAGAUGACCUCGCGAUGCUCAUAACUAGUCGAUGUUCCGGCACAUUUGAUCGGCACCGGCUUGACGACCAAGACUUCCAAUUUUUCGAUAUGUUCGAGAGUUCAAUCGGUCUUGUUACGGAUCGGGAAAGCCAAUUGUUCAGCCGUUUCAAUCGCGCUUCUGCGAAAUCUGCUGAGUGGCUCCACAGUCAUCGACGCAGACGUAACAGCGGCUUACCUUCAUUCGGAUCCGCCGAUCAGGAAGAGAACGUUAUGGAUCAAUUCCCCGACUCUCUUCUCGACAUCGGCGUCGAAACGUCUCUUCUUGCCGAGAUCAAAGACAUUCGCGAUGAGUUGAGUAUUAUCACAGUUAUCCUAGAUGCGCAACUAGCGACACUUGCCGACUUCGAGUUUGACAUCACCGAGGAAUUGCGCGGCGCUGAGGGACCCAAUAAUCGCCGUGCUGUUGACACCGCUGUGGCGGAAAUCCGCAAGCGUUCUCACGAGCAGCUGCGCAGUCUUGAGAUCCGUAAAAAAGAUGUGGAACGUAUGGACCGACAGGCACAGUCGUUGUAUAUGAAUUUGGCGGAUCUACUUGACCUCAAGCAGAAACACUCAAAUGCGCUCGAAGCGCGGUUUGCUGGAGACCAGGCUGUCAUUGCCGCUAAGCAGGGACAGACUAUUAUGGUAUUCACUAUUGUGACUAUUAUUUUCUUACCCAUGAGCUUUAUUGCCGCUUUUUUUGCGAUCAACCUCAAAGAGUGGAACACCGAUAUUGGGAGUGAGCCACUUACAAUACCAUACGUGAGUAAAUACAUGUUCGGUAUCGGGCUCGGUAUCAGUAUCCCGCUUAUUACUAUGGCCUUCGCCAUUACGGACAUUUCAGACGCGACGAGGGGUUUCUUCGGUGGAUGGAAGCAGUGGCUUCAUUCUAAGGCGAAGAGAAGAAAAGGCAGACAAACUGCAUCUAAUACUAAUGAUAAGUACGAAAAGGACAUAUUAGAGGAACAAACGCAUCUCAUGACUUCAAAAUACUCAAUGGGUUCUCAACGCGAGCGCCCAAUAGCUAGCAGAGACAACCAUCAUCAUUAUGACCAAUACCACCACCACCCACAACAAAUAGAUGAUCUAUCACCUCGGCUGCGGCCCCAUCACAGCCGCGACCGCAGCGGUGAUGGGUACUAUGCGACGGCGCGAUUAUCGCCCGUUUCAAGGCAGAGAAAGGUCAGCUUCAGCAGUGGAAACGCAAACGCUAAUGCAAAUGCAACGGCGCCUUGGGCAAGGCCGAGUUUAGAUAGAAAUCGUGGAAGAAGGAUGAGCGAGGACCUAGAAAAAGGUCGGCGUGCGUUCUUUGAAUGAUGGGCAAUACUGUGAGAACAAGGACAAGGGUGGCCUACGGCUGUGAGAUCCAGAUCGGAGAUCUCGCCUACCAUGCCUAGAUGGGUAAAUAAGCAGGCGUUUUAGAAAGGACAAAAUUCUACCUGCAAUGAG